GAUUCUUUUUUCGCUGAGUCAUUGUGGACCCACGCUGUCUGAGAUGUUUAAGCCUCGCGAGUUCUGGCUCAUUAUAAAAGGAAGAAGCGCGCUGUAGGGAAGCGCUGGCUACAAGAGUAUAACGUGGGAUCAAUUAACCAAUCAAGAUGUCAGCUGGAAAUCUUAAAAUUGGUCACCCUGCACCUGAUUUCACAGCCAAGGCUGUGAUGCCCAGUGGAGAAUUUGAGGAUCUAACUCUGUCCAAAUACAGAGGAAAGUAUGUUGUAUUGUUCUUCUACCCUCUGGAUUUCACCUUUGUCUGUCCAACGGAGAUCAUUGCAUUCAGUGACCAUGCUGCUGAAUUUCGCAAGAUCAACUGUGAAGUAAUUGGUGCUUCUACAGAUUCUCACUUCAGCCACUUGGCCUGGACCAAGACUCCUCGUAAACAGGGUGGUAUUGGCCACAUGGAGAUUCCACUAGUUGCUGACCUAACUCAGUCCAUUGCCAAAGAGUAUGGCAUCCUGAAGGAGGAUGAAGGAAUUGCUUACAGAGGACUCUUUAUUAUUGAUGAGAAAGGAAUCCUGCGCCAGAUUACAAUCAAUGACCUUCCAGUUGGCCGUUCAGUGGAUGAAACACUAAGGCUGGUGCAGGCCUUUCAAUUCACAGACAAACAUGGUGAAGUUUGCCCUGCUGGUUGGAAGCCUGGCGCAGACACCAUUAAACCUAAUGUUAAUGACAGCAAGAAGUUCUUUGAGAAACAAUCCUAAAUGUUCCUGCUCCAUCCAUGUGUUUAGGAUUCAAUGAGGAAAGUUGUAAUUUGUUAUGCAGGCACUCGUGAUGACCUAGUGUAAAUUGCUGCAAUUAGGAUGUUUUUGUCUAAGCAUCUGAGUAACAAGGUUCAGCUGUGCUCUUGUAAAUUUUUUGAACUGCCAGAAUAAAACUUGAGCAAAAUUGGCA